UUAUACUUCAUAAAAUCUUUCCAUUCGUAUCAGAAAGCAGUUUGAGAGAGAAUGGGUAGAGGAAAGACAGAGAUCAAGAGGAUAGAGAACUCAAGUAACAGGCAAGUCACCUACUCGAAGAGAAAGAAUGGAAUCAUCAAGAAAGCUAAAGAAAUCACUGUUCUUUGUGAUGCUAAUGUCUCUCUUGUUAUCUAUGGCUCUUCUGGCAAGAUGCAUGAGUACUGUAGCCCCAAAACGGACUUGAUUGACAUGCUGGAUCGAUAUCAAAGGCUUUCUGGAAAUAAGUUGUGGGAUGCUAAACAUGAGAAUCUGCAGAGUGAAAUUGAUAGAAUCAAGAAAGAGAACGAGAACAUGCAAAUUGAGCUUAGGCACUUGGGAGGGGAAGACAUAUCAUCUUUGAACUAUGAAGAACUAAUUGCGUAUGAAGAUGCACUUGAAAAUGGACUCACAAGCAUUCGUGAGAAAAAGGAUGAAAUCCCUAAAAUAAUGAGGAAGCAUGAACAAGUUCUGGAGGAGGAGAAUAAGCAUCUCAUGUAUUUGGUGCAACAAGGUGAGAUGGCCCAUGGAAGAUUAUCAAGCUAAUCAAGAGCCAUUCUCCUUUCGGGUUCAGCCAAUGCAGCCUAACUUGCAUGAGAGGAUGUAAACAUAAUUUGCUUAUAGAACUCCAAUUUCGUGAUGUGACUUAGUAGGGUGUCUGUUGUUCGUAUGAGUAGUAGAUUCUGACUUUGUCUUUGAGUGAUUAAUUUUUUAGAUCAUUAACUACACUAUAUGGUGCAAGAAUUUGGAAAAACAGAUGGUUUUUAACAAAAGAUAAUUCUACGUAUCAAGUAUAUUAGAUGGUGUUUUUGCAAUUAAUGGC